AUGGCUCACGAUAAAGUCGGGACUGGAGGCGGCCUGAAGGCGGAACCGCCCCAGCUCAAGGGUGUGCUCUCCCAGUUCACAUCCAGACUCGUCACGCCGAUGGUUGGAACCGAGUUUCCGGACGCCAACGUGGCAGAAUGGCUUCGGGCUCCAAACUCUGACGAUCUCAUUCGGGAUCUUGCCAUCACCACUUCGAGGCGUGGUGCCGUCUUCUUCCGCGCCCAAACCGACCUCACCGACGACCUGCAAAAGGAACUCAUCCAGCGCAUGGGCCAGCUCUCGGGCAAGCCGAGCGAGUCGCACCUUCACAUCCAUCCGCUGGUGCACGGCAACGCCGAUGACGACCCGAACGUGAACAUCAUCACCUCGGACAGGUCCAAGGGUGCGGCGCUGGACAUCUUCAGGAUUCAGGCCGAGAGACUCCUGGGCACGCGUGGCAGCUGGCACGCCGACAUCAGCUACGAAUCGCACCCAUCCGAUUAUUCGUCCCUGAAGGUGGUCCAGGCACCAGCAACAGGGGGCGACACCAUGUGGGUGUCCUCGUACGGCCUCCUCGAGCGCAUCUCACCGGCGUACCGUCGAUUCCUCGAGGGCCUGACGGUGACAAUGGCGCAGACGCAAUACGCCGUGACCUGUCGGGAAAAGGGGAUUGAGAUCUACACAGAGCCGCGGGGCAGCCCUGGCAACACUGGGUCGGAGCUCAGCGCGGUGCACCCGAUGGUGCGGACGAACCCGGUGACUGGAUGGAAGGCCUUGUUCGGCAUCGGCGGCGAUUUCAAGCGAGUGAACGAGCUGCUGCCAGACGAGAGCCGCCGGCUGCAGGACUGGCUGUUGCAGCUGAUUGUCGAGAAUCACGACCUGCAGUUGCGUCAUCAGUGGAGGAACCCGUACGACGUCGCCAUCUGGGACAACCGGUCGGUGUUCCACAGCGCGAUUCUGGAUCACGCCGGCAUGGGCCCGCGCACUGGCCAUCGCGUCGUCGGCAUCGGAGAGCGUACCUUUUUCGACCCAUCCAGCAAGCUAAGGAGCGAGGCUUUGGCCGAGGAGGAGGCCAACGGCAGGGGCAACUGCAGACUUCCGUAG